GGACUUGGUACCACCCACAAUCUGCACUAUUCCACGCAUCUACGACGCCAGCUUUGCGAUGGAAUCGCCGCCGACUGCCACGUCACCGCGAUGGCUCAACGCCCUUGGCUUCAGCUACGUGCUCUUCACAGUCGGUCUGAGCAUCGGCAUCAUGUACGUCAUGUCCACGUACCUCGCCAACGACUUGUUCUGGCCCGACUUUGUCGUAAGUGGCAUGCAAAACGCGAUCAUCGACUUCUUCAACAGCCGCCUCGCGCUCAACGCCACGUCGCUCGAGCUCCUCAACCCGGCGUUUGCUCCGCCCACACUCUAUGACAGCUCGGCCAUGGCACUCGACAUCUACGAAGCGUACCCGCGUUUGGUGCUGUACGCCGAGCUCACGGCCAUGGACAAGGCGAUUGCGAGUCUUCGCCAGCUCCUUGCGACCGAGGUGACGCACAUGAUGACGCAGUACUGCUGGGUCGACUUGCAGCAACGCUGGGAGCUCGGCCAUUCGCAUAAGCGCCAAGCACGGUGCGUCGCCAAAGACAAGGCGAACGCCGCCGUGUACCUCGAAGCGGUCGGGCGCAACAUCGAUUAUGCCUCCUGGGACCCAAUCUACAAAGGCUUCUUCAACAACUUGAUUGUGAGCGCGCUCACCCGAUCACCCGACGGCAACCCCUGGCUGCAAGACAUCCGCGCACACGCGUGGGUGCCCGUCGACGACGAAGUGGCGUUUUGGAAGGCCCAUCAACUCGAAUACUUUGAGCUGCAGUGGAGCACGAUCCGCCAAACCGGUUUGACGGAAACGAUUGGGAUUGAGAAUGCGCUGGGGAUGACGACGCGCGUGACGAUCAAGAGCAUCACGCCCGUGGACCGGUACGCGCUGUGGACGACCCACUCGAUGUACGCGUCGUUUGAGAAUGACAUGGGCAACUUUUACUUUGGUCCGAACCAGAGUUUGGUGCUCAACAGCCCGCUCUGGUUUGGCUACACGCUCCCAAAUGCGAUUGAAACGUACAACCUCCCGUACCCGCUCAACCACGCCAACACGGCGCUGCACCACCAGCUCGGUGAACUCGGCUCGGUCGACCUCAAGCUCAUGCCGCCUCCUCCCGCACUCACGGCCGCUGCCGAAGCUUUCAUCGCGCAGCUGACGCUUCAGACAACGACUAGUGCGUCACUGGCGGCGGCCGUCGCGAGCAUUGAACCCCACGUUUUUGUUUUACGGCGGGAGCCCCGUAUGCGCCGACGGCGAACCCUACGACUUUAUCCAACGCUCGUUUGGCUUUGA